GGCCGCAGACGCGGAGUGAUGGUGGCCGUAGCGAAGAUGGGCCGGGCAGGGACCGUGGCGGUGGCGGCAGAGGUGGCAGGGGCGGGGCAGCUGGCGGUAGAGGAGGCUGUGGUCUUCAUGGGGCUGUAGGUGGAGGCAUGGCUCGGGCCAGCAGCGGGAACGGCAGCGAGGAGGCCUGGGGGGCACAUCGGGCGCCGCAACAGCAGAGUCCGGCAGCGUCUUCUCUUGAGGGAGCAAUUUGGAGAAGAGCUGGAACCCAGACUCGCGCCUUGGAUACCAUCCUUUAUCAUCCGCAGCAGUCCCAUCUGCUUCGAGAACUGUGCCCAGGAGUGAACAACCAGCCCUACCUCUGUGAGAGUGGUCACUGCUGCGGGGAGACUGGCUGCUGCACUUACUACUAUGAGCUCUGGUGGUUCUGGCUGCUCUGGACUGUUCUUAUCCUCUUUAGCUGCUGUUGCGCCUUCCGCCACCGACGAGCUAAACUCCGGUUGCAACAGCAGCAGCGGCAGCGUGAAAUCAACUUGUUGGCCUACCAUGGGGCAUGCCACGGGACUGGCCCUGUUCCUUCAGGCUCACUGCUUGACCUUCGUCUCCUCAGCGCCUUCAAACCCCCAGCCUAUGAGGAUGUGGUUCAACGCCCAGGCACACCACCACCUCCUUACACCAUGGGCCUAGGCCGCCCCUCAAUGGCUUCCAGUGAAUGCACCUGCUGCUCCUCUGCAUCCAACUGCCCUACCCACUGCCAGGGGACGAAUGUGGAAGGUGUUUCCUCUCACCAGAGUGCCCCCCCUCAUCAGGAGAGUGAGCCCGAGGCAGGGUUGAGCCCAGCCCACACCCCCCCUUCCUGCCGCUAUCGUCGCCUAACUGGUGACUCAGGUAUUGAGCUCUGCCCUUGUCCUGACCCUAGUAACGGUGAUCUAGUCAAGGAGACGAGGGUUAGUGCCACCUUGCCAGAUCUGGAGGACCAUGCCCCCUGUAUACUGCCCCCAGAUCCCAUGUUCCAGGUUUCUCCCAUGGGACUGCCUUCCAGUGACCAGGACAUCCAAUAAGUAGUUUUGGCAGAAAGCUGGAUGUUACUUCUCUGCCAGGGACAGCCUGGUCCACACUUCAGUUCUCUGUCCUCUCUAGAGCCUGCCUUGGACGGCGGGAGCUCUGAAGAGAGGGGCAGUACGGGGGACUGUGCUAGCUUAGUCCCCCCUCCCCCGUGACAUACACAGGAGCCUUUGAUCUCAUUAAAGAGAUGUGAACCAAC